AUGGCUUCAUUGUUGGAUUCCAUGCCCCCGCCCCCGCCCCCGCCCCGUGAUACUCUUAUUAAACAACUUCCCAUCUUUGUGGACGGACCUUAUCAGACGACAAACUUUAAGGUUGAGACAUCAACCCCAAAACCAUUGUUCAUUGUCACACCAGUUGAACCUGGAGAAUACCCACUUCUUCAGUUUCACCAUGGGACCCUACUCCAAAACAUCUUCUACACACAACUCCUCACACAUAUAGCUUCCCACGGGUAUAUAGUUGUUGCACCCCAGUUAUACACGUAUUGGGAAUUUCUUGUCACAAAUGUAGACGAAGAGGUCCGCCUCGGAGGAGAAGUGACAGAUUGGUUGUUACGUUCAAGCCUCCGACCCUUGCUCCCUGACAACGUUCGUGAAGACCUAACCAAGAUUGCUCUUGCAGGGCACAGUAGAGGAGGGAAAGUAGCCUUUAAACUUGCACUUGACCGUGCCAAAACUUCCUCUAAUCCCUUUAAGGCACUAAUUGGAAUAGCCCCAGUCGCUGGCCAAUUUCCAAACAAAGAACUCCCUCCUGAAAUCCUCGAUGAUCAGUCUUUCAACUUGCCAAUUUCGGUGACGGUGAUUGGGACCGGUGUGGACUCUACUCUGCCUCUGCCUCUGCCUCUGCCUCUGCAUCUGCCUCUGCAUCUGCCUCUGCCAUCAUGUGAUCCAGAGGGUGUUAACCAUGAUGAUUUCUACAAAAGAUGUGAAGCUCCUUGUGGCCAUUUUGUUGCUAGGAAUUAUGGUCAUUUGGAUAUGUUAGAUGUAGAGUUUUUUAUCAAGGGUGGGGAGGGCCCAAAAGACCCAUUCAAGAGAUGUGUGGGAGGGCUUGUUGUGGCUUCUUUGAAGGCCGGGUUUGAAAACGAUUUUGGUUUUCUCAAAAUCAUUGCUCAAGACCCUAGCGUUGCUCCUCAUCCUGUGAAUCUUGAUCCUUGUGAGUACAAGAUUGUGAUGCAUAAAAUGGUAUAA